AUGAGUGCAAAACUUUCUGAAGAAGAUUUGAACGAUUAUAUUGCGCCUGGACCCAUCUGUAUUAAUCCUGCUGGUAGUUCAUCCUCUAACAAGGCUGCUUCUAAUGCAAACGGGACGCCUUCUGAUGAAUUAGAGGUAGGACAAGAAUCAAGUGAGCCUGAGAAAGUCUCUAUAUCACUACAGGACUGUCUGGCAUGUGCAGGAUGUAUUACAUCAAGUGAAGAAGUUUUACUCAGUAAGCAGAGUCAUACCGUUUUCCUUGAUGCCUGGAAGCAACUACAGGGAUCUUCUAAAAUUUUAGUUAUUAGCGUUGCUCCCCAGUGUAGACUAUCUUUGGCUCAGUACUUUGGGUUGUCUCUACCACAAAUGGAUAAGGCACUUUUAAAUAUAUUUGCCAGCGUCUUACACUGUCGAUAUGCUGUCGGUACGGAAUUAGGUAGAGUUAUUGCCAUCCAACAUACGAAUGAACAUUUGUUUAAAUUAAAAAAACAACAGAGUAUUAACAACGAUGGGAAUACAAAGAGAGGCACACCACGUCUUUGUAGUGUAUGUCCAGGGUUUGUCCUAUAUGCUGAAAAGACGAGGCCGGAAUUGGUACCGCUAUUAUUAAAUGUCAAAUCACCUCAGCAAGUGACCGGUUCUUUAUUGAAACAGACGUUACCACCAGAACAAGAAAUUUAUCAUUUAUCGCUUAUGCCCUGUUUUGACAAAAAAUUGGAGGCUUCAAGACCUGAUGCCGUGGAAGAAGGUGUUGAUUGCGUUUUAACACCAAGAGAAUUUUUGGCCAUUAUGCAAGAGCUACAAAUCGAUAUAAAGGAUCAUUUAAAUGUUGAUUUAGCGGCUUCUGCACACGAGUUAUCACCACCAGGUUGGGACCCGCAGGUGCACUGGGCUUCUAAUGCCGGUAGCAGUUCAGGUGGUUAUGCGUUCCAAUACGCUAGGUAUCUGCAAUCAUUAAAUCCAGGUUCACAAAUACACAUUUUAAAUGGUCGUAAUGGUGACGUUCGUGAAUAUCGUGUGACGGCUUCAGAUGAUCAGCAAAAGGUCUUUGGAUCGACAAGUGAACUAUAUGGAUUUCGUAACAUUCAAAACAUGGUGAGGAAACUCAAGGGUGCACAAAGAGGCGGACGUGUCGUAGUGCGUAAACGUGGUGCUAACAAGGGUGAUUCUGCUCAAAAUGGUGCUACUAUGCAAGCUGAUCCCUAUGAAGGAGAAUUCAUAGAAGUAAUGGCAUGUCCUGGGGGUUGUAUCAACGGUGGUGGUCUACUAAGUGGUGAAAGCAGCGUUAAGCGUAGAGCCACUGCUCAAGUUCUAGAUGAAAGGUAUGAGAAGGAGUUCGUAGAAUUAGACCCCUUGAACUUACCUUUGGGAUCUGCAUCAGAGAAAUCUUACGAAUACGAGUUCCAUGCAAUUGAAAAGAGUACAAAUGUAGUAUCGAUGAGCAGUGAGUGGUGA